AUGGCGGACUCGAAAAUCCCCAGCCUCCAGCAGCGACCAUGCGGUUAUCUCAGAGCCUUGAACAUAGGGAAAUGGUUCCUCGUACCGAUAGCAGCGUUAUGCUGUCUUCUCUGGGUCUUUGUAAUUGCUGCCAGUAUCUUCUCUGCUGUCUAUGAGAAGAGUGCAAGCUCUCGUGAUGAUUAUCCCCCGAUUCGAUGGAAAGAUACGCUAGAAGAUUGCGACCCAGGACAAAUAAUAUGGCUGUUUAUUCCCAUUGCAAUCGAGACAUUCCAUGUUCCAAUUCAGCUAUGGCUGUAUGCCAGGAAUCUACUGCAUCCCAUCGCUGCCCUGGUACUAUCCUUUUGCUUCAUGGGGCUGUGGGUGUCCUUCUCCGUCCUGGCUCCGUUGAUCGAUGCCUGCGUCGAACAGAAAUUCCCAGAUGCAUGGAAUGGCUUAUUCUGGGCUCGACAGGUGACUGGAUACCUGAUCACACUGCUAUACCUGGCUUAUUUCGGAUUCUCCUGUGCCGCAGUCCAUCACUGGAGAUCGGGCAAGAAGGCGGUGGACGGGACUUCAAGUGACGGUGAUAUCGAAAUGAAGGCGUGA